AUGUCGGUUCCAAUGAUACCCAUUGAUCCCGAUAAGCGGGAUGAUCUCUACUACCGCUACAAGAUGCCCACCAUCCAGACCAAAGUCGAGGGUAGCGGUAACGGUAUUAAGACUGUUUUUCCAAAUAUUCAUGAUGUGUGCCUUGCCAUAAAUCGCCCGGAGGAAGUACUAAUGAAGUUCUUUCAGUCUGAAAUCGGCGCCCAGCGUACGGUGCUAGAAAAAGAUGACAAGUUCCUCAUCAUGGGAAGCCAUACAGAGGAGCGUGUGCAAGAAAAAAUAUACGACUUUAUUCGCAAAUUUGUUCUCUGCCGUAGCUGUCGAAAUCCCGAAACGCAACUUUUUGUCGAACGAAACAAGAAGGAUGUGCCACAUAUUAGCAUGUCAUGUGGCGCUUGCGGUAAAGUGAUGAAAUUAAAUGAUCUCGACGCCCGCUAUGUGACGGCCAUUGUGACGUAUUUUGCCAAGAACCCACAGGUUGCGAUGAAGAAAGGGGCUGGUACGGCCGAGGCCCGUAGCAGCCAGAAAAAUCAGCAGGCCGCUGCCGCUGCCGUGGCCGCUGCCGUGGCGCCUCCCGCUGAACCUGAAAAGAAGCAAAUUCAACGAUCCGACCUUGAAGAUACACGUGAGCCACCGCAGAAAAUACUUGCGCGUUGCAUGCAGCAGUAUCCGGAUGAAAGCGAGGAGGUUAUGCGACGCUGUAUUGAGCUUAUGACAACUUACAACUUGAAGGAAAAAAUGGGUCCCUUGCUUGUAUUAGAUGGCAUUGAGUUGGCAGAAAAGGAAUUUAUGGCGGGUCUGCGUCGUCAUUCACGUCUGUUAAAGCGUUUCUGCAGAGUUACCGGCACAGCAUUGCUUGACGCUGCCACCGACGAGGCUACCAAGUCAGAUCUUCUGAGACGCGAAAAGAGGCUGCAGUCUGCCACAAUUGAGGAGUGUGCUCGUAUCUGCGCAAGACGUUUUGAGCCCGAGCAGAUGGUGGUGAUCCUGUUUGUCCUCUUUAUUGAGGGUGUCCUCAAGAGUGCAACCAUUGAGGAGUGGUGUGGCGACGAGAAGCCCAUCUCCAAAGUGGACCCUGCCGUGGACAAGAAAAUGAAGCAGGCGGCUGCACCACUCGUCGAAUGGCUUGUAGGAUCGUCAUAG